AUGGACUGGCCCUCUUUCAGAAUAGCUGCAGUGCUGCUCAUUUUUCUGGUGGUGCUUGAAGUUAACAGUGAAUUCCAAAUUCAGGUAAGAGACUAUAACGCCAAAAAUGGUACCAUCAAGUGGCACUCCAUCAGAAGGCAGAAACGUGAAUGGAUCAAGUUCGCUGCAGCCUGUCGGGAAGGAGAAGACAACUCAAAGAGAAACCCAAUUGCCAAAAUUCAUUCAGAUUGUGCUGCAAACCAGCCAGUGACCUACCGUAUCUCCGGAGUAGGAAUUGACCAGCCACCUUAUGGAAUCUUCAUUAUUAAUCAAAAAACUGGUGAAAUCAAUAUAACAUCCAUCGUCGAUCGGGAAGUCACCCCCUAUUUCAUUAUCUACUGCCGAGCUCUGAAUGCACAAGGUCAAGAUUUGGAGAACCCACUGGAACUCAGAGUCAGGGUUUUGGACAUCAAUGACAACCCUCCCGUGUUUUCCAUGACUACAUUCCUAGGACAAAUAGAAGAAAAUUCUAAUGCAAACACACUGGUAAUGAGACUCAACGCUACUGAUGCAGAUGAGCCAAAUAACUUGAACUCAAAGAUAGCUUUCAAGAUCAUAAGACAGGAGCCUUCGGACUCACCAAUGUUCAUCAUCAACCGAUACAGUGGAGAAAUCCGAACGAUGAAUAAUUUCCUAGACAGAGAGCAAUAUAGCCAGUAUUCUCUUGCCGUGAGAGGCUCGGACCGUGACGGUGGGGCAGACGGCAUGUCUGCAGAAUGCGAGUGCAGCAUCAGAAUCCUGGACGUCAAUGACAACAUCCCAUACUUGGAGCAAUCAUCCUAUGACAUCCGCAUUGAAGAAAAUGCACUGCACUCUGGGAUACAACAGAUCAGAGUCAUUGAUUUGGAUGAGGAAUUCUCGGACAACUGGAAGGCAGUCAUUUUUUUCAUCUCUGGAAAUGAGGGGAAUUGGUUUGAAAUAGAAAUGAAUGAAAGAACAAAUGUAGGAAUUCUGAAGGUUGUCAAGCCCCUAGAUUAUGAAGCCAUGCAGAAUCUACAACUCAGUAUUGGUGUUCGAAAUGUGGCUGAAUUCCAUCAGUCAAUUAUUUCUCAAUAUAAACUCACAGCAACUAUGAUCACUGUGACUGUGUUGAAUGUCGUAGAGGGCUCAGUGUUCAGGCCAGGUUCAAAGACAUUUGUAAUAAACAGUAAAAUGGGAGCAAAUUACCAAGUGGGAGACUUUGUAGCUACGGACCUGGACACAGGCCGAGCUUCAACAAAUGUUAGAUACGUGAUGGGAAAUAACCCAGCUGACCUGCUGGCUGUUGACUCAAGAACAGGCAAAAUAACGUUAAGAAACAGAGUUACUAUGGAACAAUACAGAAUGCUUAAUGGGAGAUAUGAAGGAACAGUGUUAUCAAUAGAUGAUUCUCUUCAGAGGACCUGCACUGGAACAGUCAUCGUUGAACUGAGUGGCUCUGGCUAUGAACAGAACACAGAAGAUGGUGGUGGCGGCACUUCCAGUGGCGGCGGCUCUUCCGGUAGCGGCGGCUCUUCCGGUACUGGUAACACCUCUGGAGGAGAGCCUUACGCAAAUCAAACCACUUCUACCGAGGGACCUGAGCACAUCACAAACCCGGAGUCGGGAGGCGAAGGUGACGACGGUUCGCGGCAAGUCGGCGAAGCCGGAGACAAUGUUCACUUCGGUCCAGCAGGCAUCGGGCUGCUCAUCAUGGGAUUCUUAGUCCUAGGACUGGUCCCAUUCUUGUUGCUCUGCUGUGACUGUGGAGGCGCCCCCGGUGGUGGAGUUGCAUUUGAACCUGUUCCAGAAUGUUCUGAUGGAGCAAUCCACACAUGGGCAGUAGAAGGUCCACAGCCCGAACCCCACGACGGUAUAACCACCAUCUGUGUACCCCAAAUGCCACCUGGUAAUGCCAACAUUAUAGAAUGCAUUGACAACUCAGGAGUUUAUACAAAUGAAUACUGUGGCAGAGAAAUGCAAGAUCUGGGAGGAGGAGAAAGAACUACAGGAUUUGAGAUGAUGGAUGGAGUUAAAACAUCAGCUGCACCUGAGAUAUGCCAAGAAUAUUCAGGAACAUUAAGAAGAAAUUCAAUGAGAGAAUGUAGAGAUGGAGGUCUCAACAUGAAUUUUAUGGAAAGUUACUUCUGUCAGAAAGCCUAUGCUUAUGCUGAUGAAGAUGAAGGACGCCCAUCCAAUGACUGUUUGCUCAUCUAUGACAUUGAAGGUGUAGGCUCCCCUGCAGGCUCCGUGGGCUGUUGCAGCUUCAUUGGAGAAGACUUAGAUGAAAGCUUCCUGGAUACCUUGGGGCCCAAGUUUAAGAAGUUGGCAGAUAUCAGCCUGGGGAAAGAAAUAGACUCAUAUCCAGACCCUGACCCUUGUUGGCCUCCUCAGAGCACCGAACCGAUACGCCCCCAGCAAACAGAGCACCUGGCUAGUGGACUUCCACCCAUCUCCCCACAUUUUGGCACUACCACAGUAAUUUCUGAGAACACCUACCCCACUGGCCCUAGUGUGCAGAAUCCUAUGCCAAUUCCUGAUCCUCUUGGCUAUGGUAAUGUCACUGUGAUGGAAUCUUACGCCACUUCCGGCACUCUCAAGCCUUCUGUCUACUUUCCUGAUAACCGGCAGGCUUCAAAUGUAGUGGUGACAGAGAGGGUGGUGGGCCCCAUCUCUGGUGCUGAUUUGCAUGGGAUGGUAGACAUACCUGACUUAAGAGAUGGAUCAAAUGUCAUAGUGACAGAAAGGAUAAUAGCACCAGGCACAAGCCUACCCACCACUCUGACCAUUCCUAACCCUAGAGAGUCUUCAAACGUGGUUGUGACAGAAAGAGUGAUCCAACCAACUUCUGGCCUGAUAGGCAACCUGAGCAUGCCCCCUGAGUUAUCAAAUGCCCACAACGUGAUUGUGACAGAGAGGGUGGUUUCUGGAGCUGGUGGCACCGCUGGAAUAGGCGGGGUUGGAGGCAUAGGCAGCAGUGGCCUGGUCAGCACCACCAUGGGUGCUGGCGGCGAGGCUCUGAGUGGAACCACAAUGGGUGGUAGCGGCGCCGGCCUGAGCAGCUUUAGUGGAGGUGGGGGCAUGAGCAGCAUGGGAGGGACAGCCACUAUUGGCCACAUGAGGAGUUCCUCUGACCAUCACUUUAGCCAGACAGUUGGAUCUGCCUCUCCUAGCAUGGCUCGGAGCCGAAUCACAAAGUACAGUACGGUACAGUAUACCAAGUAGUCAGGGUCCCACAGUGCUGUUCGCCAUCACCACUGUGAUGUACCUUCAACUCCUGCCCCCCCCCCCCAUCUAACAGUGCAAUUCGUAAUGCAGAGCAGGUUAUAGGAGACCUGUGGAGAAAGGUGAGGAGCCACAGUAAAAAUAAUAAAUGGACACGUCACCAGGGGGAGAGUG